AGUUAAUUUGAAUCGCCUGCUUUUUUUUCUGAUUUGUAAAGAGGAGAUUUAGUCCGCUUGGGAGUGAGAGGCAUCCGCAAUUAGUGCACCCGCGCGUGACGGCCUGUCUGACGGUGCAGCUCACCAUCUGACUCAAAGCUCCUUUGCAAGGUCAAGAAGUCCCGCUUACGUUUUUUAUUAUUUUCACUCGAAAACGGAGAGAGAGACUGAGAACGGAAAUCACUGUGUUUUCUCUUUCUGAGUUGCGCUCUCGGGGACCAAACGUCGAUAUACACCGUUUUUGCUGUCCGCAAACCACACAGCCGAGCACCAGCGUCCUGAUUUUGUUUUCAAUGCGUUGUUGUCAGGCGUGAAACUUCGCUCUUCAUAUCUUUUGUAUGCGCUGCACACGCAAACGUACGUCGGCGGUGCUCAGCUUUAUUUCGUUUGUUUUCUGCCCGUUUCUUUCGCCUAUUGUUGGUUUGUUACACACGUAAUUCAACACUCAAUUUUUCUUUUCCCCCUAUUAGUUUACUGUCGUUCUCCUAGUGCAAGAUGUGGAACAUGGCGUCCAGUCCUGUUUCCUCCGUCAACGGUUCCCGCUCGGUGACGGGCAGCGCUAGCAGCUACGUCUUCAUGUCCACUGGGGGGUCGCAGACGAUGAUGGGGCUGCAGACGGGAGGCGUGGCGAACGGCAUGAUCCCUGGCGUGGUACCGCCGCAUGACCGCACGCAGGAAGUGUGUAAGUACUUUGUGAACGGCGGGUGCCUGCGGGGAGCCAACUGCCCCUAUCUGCACGAGCUGCCCGACGAGCGCCACCUCGACGUCAACGGGUUAGGCUUCAUUCUGAACCCGAACGUACAUAAUGCGCAGAAGACGGUGCCGUCCCCGCAGUCGCAGGCGGCGGCGACCACAGCUAGCCAGCCACCCAAGACCACCAGCUCGCCACUCUCCAUCGCGCUGAACGGCCCCACGCAGACGCAGAAUAGAGUUUACAUGUCCACGAAAGUGGCCAAUAACCAGCCCCCGCCACUGGGUGGCUCCAGUCCAGCUUCUCCGCAGACGGUACCAAACGGGAAGCUGCCGCCACCCCCCAAGUAUAAUCCGCCGGAGCCGUACCUAGAACUGAACCUGCCUCCCGCAUUAGCCUUCCCUCUCAAAGCGCCCGCAAAGGACACCGCCGCGUCGCUCGCCCGUGCGAUGCUCCAGAUUUAG